AUGUUGGAUGUGCUCGAAGGCUCUAAGGUGUUUUCCAAAAUAGAUUUGCGCAGCGGAUACCACCAAAUUCGCAUCAGGCUAGGCGACGAGUGGAAAACAGCAUUUAAGAGCAAGGAAGGGUUAUACAAAUGGCUGGUGAUGCUGUUCGGAUUGUCAAAUGCGCCUAGCACCUUCAUGAGACUUAUGAAUCAGCACCUCAAAAGAAGAGCAUCUCGUGCAUUUGAGACAAGUCUUAGGAGUUUUGAAAGAAAAUAA